AUGGAUUCAACAAUUGAUCCCACUCUUGCCACGAUUGAAGUAAUUUCAGGUCCAAAGAAGGUUAUCCACUCGAUCGAGGCCGAUUCCGAUGUUGAAAUCCCUCCGUCAAAAAAAGUCAAAGGCACUCAAAAGAAAGGACCGAAAGAAAUGACACAAGCACCAUCUACUACAGCGACCAAGAAAACCACGAAAAAAAAGACGAAGACAACCAAAACACAGGAGUCUCCGAGUGACCCAGGAGAACCGAAGGCCCCUCGGACACGCUACCAAGAAAAUGAGGAUGUUCAAAUUUGUCUUUCGUGGCUAGACGUUUCGCAAGAUCCCCUCAACUCGACAAACCAAACUGCCGAUACCUUCUGGAACCGCGUCGCCGAGCACUUCUCAAAGUCUAUUGGAAGUGAUAACCGAACAGGUAGUAGUAUCAAGAGUCGUUGGCAGGUGCUCCAACAGCGGAUCAACAAAUUCUGUGGCUGUGUCAAGCAGAUCGAGCACUCAAACCAAAGUGGGACAUCAGCAGAAGAUCGAUUGAGUAGUGCGCUCAAGCUCUACAUAGCUCUCUCUCAGCAACCGUUUUCCCACCUACGAUGCUACAAUAUCCUCAACCUUGCUCCGAAAUGGCGGGAACAUUGCAGCGAUCUCGAGAAGAAAAGCGAGCCAAAGAUUCCUAGUAGUUCCGUCGAUUCUGGAAUAUCAUCGAUUGACGACAACGGACCGGCACUGUCUCUUUCAUCCGAUGCAUACAAUGACCCUGCGAAUAGCGAUGCUUCAACGAUUCAAUCUAACAAGACCACACGCCCAAUUGGCAAUCGGAAGGCCAAAGAUCUUGCCCAAAAAGCGAGAGAAGAUAAAAAGUUCAAGGACGACAUCAUCACCAUCCAUAAAGAGAUCGCAGGCACCUCCCAAGCGCAAAACAAAAUCCUCUCGGAGCAGAAAGACGCAAUGGCCACUUUGGCCGACAAUACGAUCAUGCAGGUUGAUAUUUCAAAGAUUUCCGAGGCUAGCCGACCAUUUUACGAGUGGCAGCAAAGGAAAGUGUUGGAUCGGGUCAAGCGAGAACAAGCCGAGUACGAGAAAAAACUGAAAGAAGAGGAAGAAAACAAGAAGAAGAAAGAAAUUGAGGACGCGAAAAAGAAGAAAGAAGAAGAGAAAAAAAAGAAAGACGAAGAGAAAAAAAAUAAAGAAAAAGGAAAACAAGCGGAACCAGAAGAGGAAGAGGAGGACGAGGAGGAAGAAGAGGAAGAAGACGAAGAAGAGGAAGAAGAGGAGGAGGAGGAGGAAGAGUAG